GGCGUUUCGCGCGUUAUUUUCCCGUUUAGAGUGGCGUGGCUGGCAGUGCUACUUUUGAACUGUUGGCAUUAAUUGAGUCGCGAAUUCUGGAAAAUAUUUUAUAUUUAUUGAAACAAACAUAUUUUCGUGCAAGCCGGUCAACCAAAUAAAAGUGUUAAUAUCUCUGUACAGUACACACGGAGAAAAAGGAAGCGCAAAUCUCUGUUGUACACUGAGGAAAAGCCACUUGAAGAGCAGACAGACAGCACAACACCCAAAAUGGUGAACAUUGUGGAUAGCGGCGCCAAGCAUGCGCCCCAGGAAAUGGAGCAGUUCCUGCCGGGCGAGGGAGGAAUCAAAUACCAUAUACAGCCACGGAAAUCGGACAACGAGCAGGCCCUGGGCAACACUGAGUUCGAUCCGUUUGCACAUCGCGACAAUGAGCAUCCCACUAGCGAUAAUGAAACGCUCACGCAUUUGCUUAAGGCCUCCCUAGGCACUGGCAUCCUGGGUAUGCCCAUAGCCUUCAUGUACUCUGGAAUUAUCAUGGGUAUCUUUGCCACCAUCUUCACCGCCUUUGUGUGCACGCACUGCAGUUAUGUGCUGGUUAAAUGCGGCCACAAGCUGUACUACAAGACACGUCGCACCAAGAUGACAUUUGCCGAAAUUGCCGAGUCUGCAUUCCAGAAGGGCCCCAAGUGGUGCCGGGGCUUUGCUCCCGUGGCCAAGUUCUCGAUAUUGUUCGGUCUAUUCCUCACGUACUUCGGCACCUGUUCGGUGUACACCGUGAUUGUGGCCAAGAACUUUGAGCAGUUGAUCGAGCACUGGACGGGAUCGGCGGUUUCCUCGCGUCUGCUCAUCUGCGCCCUGUUGGUGCCAUUGAUCCUGAUUGCUUGGGUGCCGAAUCUCAAGUACUUGGCCCCCGUCUCGAUGGUAGCCAAUGUGUUCAUGGGCCUGGGACUGGGCAUUACCUUCUACUAUCUGACGCAGGAUCUGCCACCGCUGGAGUCGCGCAAUUAUUUGGUGCUGGGCACCUUGCCGUCCUUCUUCUCCAUCACCAUCUUUGCGAUGGAGGCCAUCGGAGUGGUGAUGCCGCUGGAGAACAACAUGAAGACGCCCCAGAAUUUCCUCGGCCUCUGCGGAGUGCUCAGCCAGGGCAUGUCCGGCGUGACACUCAUCUACAUGCUGUUGGGUUUCCUUGGCUAUCUACGCUACGGUGAGGACACGCAGCAGAGCAUCACCUUGAAUCUGCCCGUCCACGAGUGGCCCGCCCAGGCGGUGAAGGUUCUGAUUGCCUUGGCCGUUUACUGCACAUUCGGACUGCAGUUCUAUGUGUGCCUGGAGAUCGUCUGGGAUGGCAUCAAGGAGAAGUGCACCAAGCGGCCGAUGCUGGUCAACUAUGUGCUGCGCACUGUCCUGGUGACGGCUGCCGUGGUCCUGGCCAUUUCCGUGCCAACAAUCGCACCCUUCAUGGGCCUCAUCGGAGCUUUCUGCUUCUCCAUUCUGGGACUGAUAUUCCCCGUGCUUAUUGAGAUGGUCAUCCAUUGGGACACUGGAUUCGGUAAAUACAACUGGAUUCUGUGGAAGAACAUUGUCAUCAUCAUUUGCGGUAUUGCCGCCCUUUUCUUUGGCUCCCUGGCCGCCAUCCGAGAUAUUAUUGAAGUCUACACCCAAGUGGCACCGCAAUAAGCGCCGCCCCCCACCCGCCAGAGGAGGUAAAGGAUUUGAGGAGGAUCAGGAUGCCAUGCCCCGUACUAUACCAAUCGGGUAUAGGAAGAGCCGAAGCAGCGGCUGUGGCUCCGCUUCCUAGAAAUCAUCUAACUAUUGUUAGAUGUAAAACCAGCGCCCACAUUUUGUACAUUUUUCGUCUGUUGCUUAGUGUCUGUUGAUUAUUUCGGGACCUGUGGAAGCGUAUCUACAAUACACUGAAUAAGUGCCUACUACAACACAUACACAGCACCAACUAUGCCGUUAUAGCACGUUUAGAA